GAGGCGAUCGAACGUUCGCUGGCCGCGUGGCCGUGCCGUUACGGUGGCCGUUAAGUCGGGGCCCGUCAAGUACGCGGAAACGCUGGCCCGUGCGGCGCCCGUGAGUGACGCCGUCAGGUGUCCGGCCGCUCCCAGAGGUCCCUAUAAAGCCUCAGCCCGGAAAUUUUUGAGCUCUAAUUCUCGGAGAAGAAGAGCGUGGUCGGAGUUUGGAUCAAUUUUGAGGGCCUUGGAGAAAUCUCUUUAAUAACUGAUGCCCGUCCUUCUAGCAUGGACUCGCAUCAGCUUUUCAAAUAUGAAUUUCCUUCUCCAAUAACUCCAGCGUACACUGAAUGGGCGUUAGGUUCCAUUAAAUUUGGUACAGGCAACUCGCCUAAUUCUCCUCUUUCCAGCCAGUUCGAAUCUGUACAGAGCAACAGUCAGGAGCAGCAUAGCUCCACAGAGAGCAUCUCAGGGGUCAGCCCUUCCCAGUAUUCACCACUAGAAACCGGCAGCUCAUUCAGGCAAACCCAUAUUCAUCUUGCAGAGAGUGUCCAGGUACCAUCUAAUUCAUCUUAUGCAGUUUCUAGUCAAAGCAUGAGGCAUGCUUUACAAGAGAUUGAGACUGUUCUUAUGGCUCCUGACACUGAUGAGGCAACAACUAGUACCAAUCUGGAGUCUGAUGAAAACAAACUGCUUCAGCUCACAAAGCAGCGAUCAAGGACUUGGAGACAUGAGUCUUGCAUGGAACCUCCUGCUGUUGUCCAGCCCCAGUAUAUUUCUGGCAGAUAUCCAAAGCCAAACCAUGAAGUCCGUCCAGAGAAACGUCUGAGAGAGAUGAGGGAAUUUCCAGAGAGUGAUGUGAAACAGUUGCUUAUCAGCUGUGCUGAAGCGUUGUCCGAGAACAAGAUAAAUGAAUUUGAAAUGUUGGUCCAGGAAGCCCGUGAUUAUGUCUCCAUUACUGGAGGACCUAUCCAACGUCUGGGUGCUUACAUGCUAGAAGGCUUGGUGGCAAGGCAUGAGUCUUCUGGCACCAACAUCUACCGUACCCUGGGGUGCCGGGAGCCUGAAAGCAAGGAACUUCUUUCCUACAUGCGGAUCUUGUAUGAUAUCUGCCCUUACUUCAAAUUUGGUUACAUGGCAGCGAAUGGAGCAAUUGCUGAAGCACUGAGGCAUGAGGACAGGAUCCACAUUAUAGACUUUCAAAUUUCUCAAGGGACUCAGUGGAUCACUCUAAUACAGGCAUUAGCUGCUAGGCCUGCUGGUCCUCCACAUGUUCGGAUCACAGGGAUCGAUGAUCCAGUGUCAGCAUAUGCCCGAGGAGAUGGUUUGCAGCUUGUUGGGAAGAUGCUAUCUGAUAUGUCCAAGAACUUCAACAUCCCUUUGGAGUUCAAUGGCCUUCCUGUCUAUGGGCCGCAGGUCACAAGAGAGAUGCUAGACAUCCGACCAGGCGAAGCACUUGCCGUGAAUUUUACUCUUCAGCUCCACCACACCCCUGAUGAAAGCGUUGAUGUGAAUAACCCCAGGGAUGGGUUGCUCAGGAUGGUGAAGGGCUUGUCACCAAAAGUGACUACUUUGGUGGAGCAAGAGUCCAACACCAACACAACCCCAUUCUUGAUGAGAUUCUUGGAGACACUGGAUUACUACUCUGCAAUGUUUGAAUCAAUUGAUGUAACGCUGCCAAGGGAUAACAAAGAGAGGAUACAUGUGGAGCAGCACUGUCUGGCAAAGGACAUAGUGAAUAUCAUUGCAUGCGAAGGGAAGGAGAGGGUGGAGAGACAUGAGCUGCUUGGGAAGUGGAGAUCCAGGCUGACCAUGGCAGGAUUCAAGCCUUACCCACUUAGCUCUUAUGUGAAUUCUGUGAUAAAGACUUUGCUGGGAUAUUACAGUGAUAAGUAUACAUUGGUGGAGAAAGAUGGUGCGAUGUUGCUGGGUUGGAAGAAUAGGAACCUGAUCUCAGCCUCUGCGUGGUACUGAUUGUAGAACUUUACGCAGAGCACUUUAGGAAAACAGCUUAGCGAGUUAUGAAUGCCCUCAAUAAGUUUUGUAUGAUUCUCAUGUUGGUGCAGGUUCAUUCCUCUUGUCUUUGUAUGUAUGCAUAUGUGAGUGCUGCAUCUGAUGUAAUCUAUACAUUGGCCCGGGAUACAAUCUUUAUAGUAGGUCGAGGAGGUUAAUUUUUCUGUCCA